GCUGCCCGUGGGUGGCGCCGGGGGCCUGGGCCGAGGCCUGGCCGGCCGCGGUGGCGGUGCGCGCAGCUCGGGGCCGUGGGGCCGGGCCGGGCCGCCGACCUCCUCCCGCACGGGCCCCGCGCCGGGGGCGGGCCGCGCCGCACUGCGCCGCGCCGAGCCGGGCCAGCCGAGCCGAGCCGAGCCGAGCCGCCGGCGUCCAUUUUCUGGGCGGUGCUGUGCGGCGCCACGGCCGGACUCGCAGGUCCGGAAGCGCCAUGGACCCCAGUGGGGGGUGGGGGGGACGCGCGCCGGCCGCGCAGGAGCCGAGCCCCGUCUUGAUGUGGAGGGGAUGGAGGACUCAGAACCCAGGAUCUCCAAGUGAAUUCUUCCAAAGCACAGAAUCUAACUGUUAAGGCCGGUGUGUUCCAACUGAGAUGACUAAGCUAUGCUGCCAUUUGAUUUUGAGAGGACCUAAACAUUUUGUGAAGGAGUAUGAAGAGGAAAACCCAGAACACACACCCGUUUUGCUGGCCACUGCCAUGUGUGUUUUCAUCCCAGGCUGCACUGUCCCCAGCAGUCCCGUGGCGGCCGUGUUAAAUCCUAGAAGGACAUCCUGGGAUUAUUUAAGCAGCCCACAAAGGCAGGUGUUUGUGCGAGAUGACAGUCAUGUCCCUUUCCAGGGACCUCAAGGACAACCUUCACAGUGACACAGUGCUCUCCAUCUUGAAUGAGCAACGCAUCCGGGGCAUUUUAUGUGACGUCACCAUCAUCGUGGAGGAUACCAAGUUCAAAGCCCACAGCAAUGUCCUGGCCGCUUCAAGCCUUUAUUUCAAAAACAUCUUCUGGAGCCACACCAUCUGUAUCUCCAGCCACGUCCUCGAGCUGGAUGACCUCAAAGCCGAGGUGUUUACGGAGAUACUCAAUUACAUCUACAGCUCCACCGUGGUCGUCAGGAGACAGGAGACAGUCACGGACCUCGUAGCUGCUGGGAAGAAGCUGGGAAUAUCAUUCUUGGAAGACCUCACCGACCGCAGCUUUGCAAAUUCCCCAGGCCCCUAUGUAUUCUGCAUCACCGAGAAGGGCGUGGUUAAAGAAGAAAAAAACGAGAAAAGGCACGAAGAGCCAGCCAUCGCUAACGGACCCAGGAUCACAAAUGCAUUUUCCAUCAUUGAAACAGAAAAUAGUAAUAACAUGUUUUCUCCACUGGACCUGCGGGCGAACUUUAAAAAAAUGUCUGACUCCAUGAGAACGGGCAGCCUCUGUCUAGAGAGGACAGAGGUCUGUCACGAGGCGGAGCCCGUGCGCACGCUGGCCGAGCACUCCUAUGCGGUGUCCUCCAUCACUGAGCCUUACAGAAGCCAGCCAGCACGUGAACAGGACAGUGACAGCAGCGCCCCUGGCAAAACGGGGAAAGAAAGUGGUGAGGCUCCAGGAGCCACCAAACCGAAGACAUGCCGAAAGCCAAAGACACUCUCCCUACCCCAGGACUCUGACUCCACUGCAGAAAAGACAGCAGCCCCUCCAGUACCUGACCCAGAGGUCAAUCAAGAAAGUAGUCCCCAGCCAGCUGCAGUGCCCUCUCAUUCAAAAUCUCCCAUCCACGAAGACGUCCACCUGCCCAGAGAAGAUGAAAAUCUGCCCUCUGAUGAGUCAGGGCCACCAGCCACCGAGGUGCCACCUCUCAUUUACAACUGUAGCUGCUGUUCCAAAUCCUUCGAAAGCAGCACUCUGCUCAGUGCCCAUAUGCAACUUCACAAGCCUACCCAGGAGCCUCUGGUGUGCCAGUACUGCAACAAACAGUUCACCACGGUGAACAGGUUGGACCGGCAUGAGCAGAUCUGUAUGCGAUCAAGCCAUGUGCCCGUCCCAGGGGCAAACCCACGCUUUUUAGAAAACUAUCCCACUAUUGGGCAGAGCGGAGACGCCUUCCCAGAUGCAGAGGCUUUACUCCCUGAAAAUCGGGUUGGUGAAUUUCCCAGUACCGGAAGUACCUUGCCAGACACAGACCACAUGGUUAAAUUUGUGAACGGGCAAAUGCUCUACAGCUGCGUCGUGUGCAAACGUAGUUACGUGACUUUGUCCAGCCUCCGGAGACACGCGAACGUUCACUCCUGGAGGAGAACGUACCCUUGCCAUUACUGCAACAAAGUGUUUGCUUUGGCAGAGUACAGGACAAGACAUGAAAUCUGGCACACUGGGGAGAGGCGGUAUCAGUGCAUUUUCUGUCUGGAAACUUUCAUGACCUACUACAUACUAAAGAACCAUCAGAAGUCUUUCCACGCCAUAGACCACAGGCUUUCCAUCAGUAAAAAAACAGCAAACGGAGGCUUGAAGCCCACCGUCUAUCCGUAUAAACUGUACAGGCUGCUGCCUAUGAAAUGCAAGCGAGCCCCUUACAAGAGCUACCGGAAUUCUUCUUCUUAUGAGAAUGCUCAAGAAAACAGUCAAGCCAGUGAGUCUACACCUGGCGCCUACGUUGGCCGGAACUCACACAGCUCUGAACUACCUACACUGAAUUUUCAGGACAGUGUGAACACCUUGACCCACAGUGCAGCCACCCCGCUGGCAACAUCACGUCAGGACGCACCCACUUCUGCCAAUGACCAAAAUGCACAGGGCACCAAAUGGGGAGAGGAGUCACUGAAAGCUGGUCUUGCCAGUAAGUUUUGCUCCACCGAGGUGCCCAUGUCUUCCACUGAAAAUGCUGUCAGCCCUGCAGUCCAGGCCGGGGAUGUGCCCGUGUCAUCUCUGAGUAAUGGCAGUGAGAAGGCAGCCUCUGUCAUCAGCUAUGGGGGCUCAGCACCGUCUGUCAUCGUGCACAGCAGCCAGUUUUCAUCUGUGAUCGUGCACAGCAAUGCUGUGACUGCAAUGACCAGCAGUAACCACAGAGCCUCUUCAGACCCUGUCAGUCAGUCCCUGAAAGACGACAGCAAGCCUGAGACAGAUAAGGUGGGCAGGUUUGCAAGCAGACCCAAAAGCAUUAAGGAGAAAAAGAAACCGAUUGCAUGUAACAGGGGAGAAGUGGCAGAGGAGUCAAAACACAUUGCAGAUGCUGGAGGGGCAGUGAGCAAAACCACAAGUACUGCUGAAGAAACCAGUAAGAUUGAAACCUACAUUGCAAAACCUGCUCUGCCCGGGACCUCCACAAAUAGCAACGUUGCACCCCUCUGCCAAAUAACGGUGAAAAUUGGGAAUGAAGCCAUUGUCAAAAGGCACAUCCUUGGAUCCAAAUUGUUUUACAAAAGAGGGAGAAGACCCAAGUAUCAGAUGAAGGAUGAGCCACACACCCAGGAGAGUGACCCAGAAGCUCCUGCAGACAGCCCCCUGGAACUUUGCCAAUCCGAGUGCGUGGAGAUGAGCGAAGUCUUUGAUGAUGCAAGUGACCAGGACUCCACAGACAAGCCAUGGCGCCCUUACUACAACUACAAGCCCAAAAAGAAAUCCAGACAGUUGAGAAAAAUGAGGAAAGUCAACUGGAGGAAAGAGCCCGGGGACAGGAGCCCAAGUCACAAGUAUAAGGACCCCGCAGAGCUGGACUGUGCCGUGGGGAGGCCACCCCCAGAGAAGGCCUUGGAGGAAGAGGAAAAUGAAGAGAUGCCCAAGCUGCAGUGUGAACUCUGUGACGGAGACAAGGCGGUGGGUGCUGGACACCCAGGCAAGCCCCACCAGCACCUCACUUCCAAGCCUUACGUCUGCGAGCUCUGCACCAAGCAAUUCCAGAGCCCGUCCACGCUCAAAAUGCACAUGAGGUGUCACACAGGAGAGAAGCCGUACCAGUGCAAGACCUGCGGACGCUGCUUCUCCGUGCAAGGAAACCUUCAGAAACACGAACGCAUCCACCUGGGCGUGAAGGAGUUCGUCUGUCAGUAUUGCAACAAGGCCUUCACGCUGAACGAGACCCUGAAGAUCCACGAGAGAAUCCACACUGGGGAGAAGCGUUACCACUGUCAGUUCUGCCUGCAGGGGUUUUUGUAUCUUUCCACCAAAAGGAAUCACGAGCGGAGGCACAUUCGGGAGCAUGACGGGAAAGGCUUUGCUUGCUUCCAGUGUCCCAAGAUCUGCAAAACAGCUGCUGCCCUCGGGAUGCACCAAAAGAAACACUUAUUCAAAACCUCAAGUAAGCCUGAGAAAACAGGUGACGCAUGCCACGAAAACUCAGAUUCCUUGGAAAAUACACAUGACGUUGAUUCAGAUGACAGUGACCAAAAGGACAGUGGACAAACCAUGGCUGACAGUGUCCUUUGAGCAAUCCCAGUUAGAAAAAUCUUCCAGUAGAUAAGUUUGUGGGAUUUUUUAAGUUGUUUUUAAGUUUAGUUUUCUUUUGUUCACAUAACAGUCAUG